CCCCCUCCCCUCACACACCCCGGGCUCCGCCCCUCUCUCCCUCCCGCGCGCGCGGCCGCGGCGCGAGCCGCCAAGAUGGCGUCGGCCCUGGAGCAGUUCGUCAACAGCGUCCGGCAGCUCUCGGCCCAGGGGCAAAUGACCCAGCUUUGUGAACUGAUCAAUAAAAGUGGAGAGCUGCUAGCAAAAAAUCUUUCCCAUCUGGAUACAGUGCUCGGUGCCCUGGAUGUGCAGGAACACUCAUUAGGGGUUCUUGCUGUCUUGUUUGUGAAGUUUUCUAUGCCCAGCAUCCCUGACUUCGAAACAUUAUUCUCACAGGUGCAGCUUUUUAUCAGCACUUGUAAUGGAGAACACAUUAGAUAUGCAACAGACACUUUUGCUGGCCUGUGCCACCAGUUAACAAAUGCCCUUGUGGAGAGAAAACAGCCCCUGCGAGGAAUUAGCAUUCUCAGACAAGCCAUAGACAAGAUGCAGAUGAACACAAACCAGCUGACCUCAAUACACGCAGAUCUCUGCCAGCUCUGUUUGUUAGCAAAAUGCUUUAAACCUGCCCUCCCGUAUCUAGAUGUGGACAUGAUGGAUAUUUGUAAAGAGAAUGGGGCAUAUGAUGCGAAGCACUUUUUAUGCUACUACUACUAUGGUGGGAUGAUAUACACUGGGCUAAAGAACUUUGAAAGAGCACUCUACUUUUAUGAACAGGCAAUAACUACUCCAGCCAUGGCAGUCAGUCAUAUUAUGUUGGAAUCAUAUAAAAAGUAUAUCCUAGUUUCUUUGAUACUACUUGGCAAAGUUCAGCAGCUACCAAAAUACACUUCUCAGAUAGUUGGUAGAUUCAUUAAGCCUCUUAGCAAUGCUUACCACGAAUUAGCGCAAGUUUAUUCAACCAAUAAACCCUCGGAGCUUCGAAAUCUGGUGAACAAACACAGUGAAACAUUCACAAGGGAUAACAAUAUGGGGCUGGUUAAGCAAUGCUUGUCAUCUCUCUACAAAAAGAAUAUUCAGAGGCUAACCAAGACGUUUUUAACAUUGUCAUUACAAGACAUGGCAAGUCGAGUGCAGCUGUCGGGGCCCCAAGAAGCAGAAAAAUACGUCCUCCACAUGAUAGAAGAUGGUGAAAUCUUUGCAAGUAUUAAUCAGAAAGAUGGUAUGGUCUGUUUCCAUGAUAAUCCUGAAAAAUAUAACAAUCCAGCUAUGCUUCAUAACAUUGAUCAGGAGAUGCUGAAAUGUAUAGAGCUUGAUGAACGACUGAAAGCCAUGGAUCAAGAGAUCACUGUGAACCCUCAGUUUGUGCAGAAGAGUAUGGGCUCUCAAGAAGAUGACUCAGGGACCAAACCAUCCAGUUAUUCUUGAAAUUAAUGUUGCUCACCACUCCGCUUUCAAGUAAAAGCUUAUGAAAGAAUCACGCCUGGAAUAGGGCAUUGAGGAGUUCCACGAAGAGAGCAGAGAGAACUGAGCUUUGCUUUUCACCUGGACAUUAAGAAAAUAAAAGAACACCCUCUCAGUACUGUAUAAUAUCAGAAAUAUUCUCUGCAAAGAAAAGGAAAUCUCAAAAGAAACUUAAAAGUCUGUUGUGGAUUUAUUUAUCUUCAGAUUAACAUCGUUAAUGCAUUAAAUAAUCUACCUUUUGUUUUAAAGGGUUUGAAUGUUGCUGUGUUUCUGUAGCAGUCCUCUUCUGCAAAAAAAAAAAAAGUGUUAUUCAGGGAAGAAUACAAACUAGUGUUGGUUCACUUACAAGAUAAUUACUGGUUCAUUAUUCUGUAUUUAAAGUUGGCUCGAAGUGCAGAUUUAUAUGUGUGGUGGGGGCAGAGGGGUGGAGUUUAAGCAAAUCAUAAUGUAGAGAAUUUGCAUAUGGCCAGUGUAGCUGGUGCUGUCUGUUAAAUGAGGAAAUAAGAACUGUUCUUCCCAAAAGGAUGAGGAUAUCGGCGAGUCCCUGCGAGGAAGUUUGCUGCAAAGCAGAAAUCACUAUAGGGAAACGAGACAUGACAGCAGUUUAUGAUUUUAAGUUUCUGGUACAAAAUAUUUGCUAAUAUUAUUUGCUCUUAGAUGAAACUUAUUAGACCUGAACAAAAGGAUAUUUGGAAGAUGUUGGUGUUCUGGAGGAUUCGAGAUAGGAAGUUGUUUACACUGAAAGGAAUUUAAAUGUUUGUUCCUAUACAACUGCCAUAAAGGUAUUCAAGAGGCUUUUCUGUGGUGGAAACCAGUAUUUCUACAUGGAACAUAAAUAGAAUUCUAAACAGCUCUCAAAAUGCAGGAUUUUAUUCUGAGAUAACAUGGUGGAAUGGUACCUGCUUUUUAAUUCACUAUUUUAAACUUUAAAACUUUGUUGUUGGAUUCUUUAAAGUGCUUCACCCCUUAAAUCAACGGGCUGCUUAAUUUUCUGUAGUUCUCGUGUAUCUGAAGAUUCUCACUGUUCCAAACACCUUCCUGUCAGUGCAAUUCUCCUGCUGUCAGGCAGAAAUAAACCUGUCAUCAAGUCAGAAUUCGAGAAGCUCAGCAGCCUCUGCUUCCUGCUGAAACACCUGACUAGGAGCUGCUUGGCACUGCUAACCUGGCAGCUUGUUUUCAGGAGCCCAAGUGGGAGCUGAGCAUUUCUGGCUCUUGCUGUGUGAAGUUUGUUUGUAUUGAGGUCACCCGUGGCUGAAAAUAUCCCAUUUGUGCUUCCAGUGCUGAUACAGAAGUGUUGGGGCUUUCACCCCAAACUGGUGUCUCAAUUCUAGCAGAACCUCUGUGACAGUGGGUGAAAGGAGGUGUCCCAGGUUGUUUUGAUGGUGCAUGGUGCUUUUGAAAGUACAAAAUAGCAAUUCAGUAUCAAACACAGUGUAGGUCUGUGGUGUGAGCAGCUCACCACUGAGCACUUGUGCUUCCUGCUCUAGAGGCUUCCAUGGAGGCAACUUUUACACGUGAUCCUAAAGCAAAAUCUUGGGUUUAUUCAUAACUUGCCUUACCAGUCUUGUAACUAAAAAGAUUUAUGAUUUUCGAAGGUUUUUUUUUUUCCUAAUUUAUCCUGCAGUGAUUUCAGUGCUGAACAUACACCAUUUUCCUCUCUGUUCCCGUGGAAGUCUUAAAUGAGUUGGAUUAGUGAUGCUGUGGGCUCGAGCACCAGGUGGGGUGGUUGUUACAACCACUGUGGCACUCACAGAAAGAACUCCAAACGACCUACCCCAAACUCCACCCAUCCAGAAACGUGCCUGGCUCGCCUCUCCUUGCCAAGGGCACACUUGCCAGGGGAGAAAGUAUUCAGGAUGGUGUCAUGGAGUUGGAGAAAAAACACAAAUGUCCGUUUUUACACCACUAGUUCCUAUUAGUGAGCGUGGAUUUACCUGCUGAGAGCUGCAGGAUGGCUUUCCAGCUGUGGAAUUGGAAGCAAACUUAAUAUAUGCAGCUGGCAAAUAGCUGCUACGUUUUUCUUUUCUUUUUUCUUGCCUACAGUAGAUAAAAUAAAUCCACGCUCACAUCAAAAGGAUGGCAGAAAGAGCUGUGUAAUAGUUUCAAGUGAUUCAAGUUAUAUCUCUGAUUUUUAAGAGGGCAAAUGCUUUUAAAGUUAGAGAACUGCUGAGAUUCCUUUUCUGACAUGGGUAGUUGUGCUGUUAAUCUCUGAUUUCUGUUAAAAUUUCCGAGUCAGGUCCCACCUCUAGAAUCAGUAGAUAAAACAUUCACCUAAAGUGCUUCAGGGAAGGGCUUUUAAGUCCUACUUUGAUAAACACACACAGUCUGGCAUCUGCAUGUCUUGAGAUACUGCUGAAAUUAAGUCAGAUUUUUAAUGAAGCAGCUCCUUCAAAUCUUGGAACUAAUUGCAUGGGCUGGUCAGCUGAGACGCUUUGAAAGCACUUGAGCUUUCUGGUUUUAAUUUGUAUUUACUGCAGGGAAGAACUUUUGCUGAAAUCUAAGAACAGUAUGUGCUGUGCUGCUCUGAACUUGGACUCUCAGAGGUCCUGUGGCUGGUUCUUCACAUCCUGCAUGGCCACAUUUUAGGCGUCAUCCACGGAACACUCGAGUGCACGCUUUGAUGUCUAAGUCCAAUUUUGUUGCGUUUUAAUUAGCACAGACACGAGGGGUGGUUCUGAAGGCAGUGUUAGACAUGCAACUACCAUUCGUAGCCACAGGAGGGGUCUCUAGGCCAGCUCCUGUUAGACUUUUAAAUGUUUCUAAGAAGAAACGGUUCGAAGCUGUUUGUGUACAACCCCCCCUCCUGUUUUUGUGCCACCGAGGAGCCCCAGUUUGUGACCUCCGCUGACACCCACAGCGCUGCCAUCGCGCCACUGUGUAACUCCAGCUGCCUCCUUCCCAACUUCCCUUCUGUGUCCCGCAGCACAGCCGGUGUUUGUGUUGUCAUAGGCGAUCUGUAUAACCUAGGAAAUGUUCUCUUGUGUGGCCACAAUGGCCCGGGAGGUUAGUCCUGAGAAGUUGUUUAAAUGUGCUAUUGGAAAAUAAAGAUAACAAAUGAGU